CCGUUCCCUCGGCCUCCGCCGCCGGGCGCGGUGCAGCCCCGUCUGCAUCCCGAGCGCCGCCGCGCGCAUCCCCGUGCGCCGCCGCACGCCCCUCGCAGCCGGAGCGCCGUCUCCCCUCGAGGCUCCUUCCAUCCCCUCCCGUUCUCCGUCCCCGCGGAUCCGCCGGAGGAGCGGCCGGAGGACGGCGCCGGGAUCUCCGCGGGAUCGCGGCAUCACGGAGGCGGGCGCUGCCCCGCGCCGCGGGGGGCUCGGAGCCGACCCGACCGCGGAUGCUCGGGACCGUCGGGGAUCCCUCCCCGCCCCGGGAGCCGCUGGUGGGGCCGGGCCGGGGCCGGAGCCGGCGCUGGGGGGGGGAUCCGUCCCCUCUGCGCGGGGUGAAGGCGAAGGGCUGCGGCCCGUGGGGUGGGUGAGGUGGGUGAGCGGCACGCGGGUCCCGCAGCGCACCCCUCAGAAAUUCAGCAAUCGGUAAAAGAAAAAGGAUGAAAUGGUGUCCGCGAAAGAAAAGGGACCGAGGAGGGGGACGCGGAGGUGGGUGCGCACCUCGGAGCCCCGUUACGGCUUUGGGCUGCGAGCGGUUCCGCAGCGACUCCCUUAAUCACAACAGCAACCUUUAUUAACGAUACUGAAAAGCGGCGAGGAAGUGGGUCACGGAUAAUGAGCCAUCCGUGUUCAGGAGGUGAAUACCAAUUCGCGCUGUUCACGGAGAUGCCGCACGACGUGACGGCGCAGGCGGGUGAGGACGUGGAGAUGGCGUGCUCCUUCCGCGGCAGCGGCUCCCCGUCGUACUCCCUGGAGAUCCAGUGGUGGUACGUCCGCACCCACAAGGACUGGACGGACAAACAGACGUGGGCUUCUGGCCAGCAGCUAAAAGCAUCACAGCAGGAGGAGGCUGGGAAGGACGCAACAAAAAUCAGUGUGGUGAAGGUGGUCGGCAGCAACAUCUCGCACAAACUGCGGCUGUCGCGGGUGAAGCCGGCGGAUGAGGGCACCUACGAGUGCCGCGUGAUCGACGCCAGCGAGGGCACGGCGCGGCAGCACAAGGUGAAGGCGUAUCUGCGCGUGGAGGCGGCGCGCGGCGCCGGGCACCCCCAGGACACGCAGCCGCCCGGCCCGCAUCCGCACCACCACCAGCAUAAGGCCGGCAGGGAGCUCAGGAAGCGCGCGGCCGACACCUCCUGCACGCUGUAGGACUGCCGCUGCCCCACGGACUGACCUCCACGCUGGGGUCCCCCCCACCCCGCCCCGCCCCGGUUUGCCCCCUCCCGGCUUCGCGCCCCUGGGAACCCCCCCUGCUCCCCUUUGUGCUUUGCCGAGCGGACCGCCCCCCCCCCACCCGCACCCCCUGUAGGAGGCCCCGUUUAGUUGCUUUGUUCCCUUUCGCCCCACUUUGCAGCCCAUCUCUCAUCACAGCUGCCAUUUUAGGGACUGUAUAUAUUGCCUCUCCCCUGCUUGCCCCACAGCCGCCCCAGCGUGCCGAGGCUCGAGCCCAGUGCAGGAAGGAUGGUGCGGGGUGGGGGGGGGGGGUCUCACUGCCACCCCACUGCCCGCACCCUGGGACCCCACCAUGGGGCACUGCCGCUGGGGAGGGGGCUGCGGAGGGGAGAGGGCCUGGGGCCCUAUUGCCCUCACUCCCCCCUCCCAGCCUGCACCACCUGCAGCUAAUAAAGCUCCUUAACGAA